CGGCAAUGCGCGCUUCGAUCCUUCUCUCGUGCCUCGCGGGUCUCGCCGGCGUCACGGCCACCGCGCCAGUUUGCAUUCUUGGUGCCGGACCCUCGGGCCUUGCAUCGGCGCUGCGUCUCGCAGAGAAGGGCAUCACCGAUGUUGUGAUUUUUGACAAGAAGGACGGUCCUGGCGGCAAGGCCGAGAACUGGGUUUCGCCCGAAGGCUACAUCCACCAAGUUGGCGCCAUCUUUGGCGACACCACCAUGUACCCGCUGGUGAUUGACCUCACCGACAAGUUCAACAUCUCCCGGCCAAGCAACCCGAUGCGAAAGAACUACGUCUACGAUGCGCCGUCGGGUACGAUCCUCGACUCGACUACGUUUCCCACCAACGCGACGGCGAUCGCUGGCGCCAUCCAGCGCUACAUGGGCGUGUACGCCAAGUACGCUCCGUACCUCGUUCCGGGUUUCAAGAAGGGCGUGCCGCCGGCCAUCGCGGUGCCCAUGAGCGAGUUCCUCCCAGCGCACGGCCUCGACGCGCUCAUGCCGCUCUUCCACUUGUACAUCACGACCUUCGGGUACGGGUCGCUCGAGGACAUUCCAGCGCUGUACGCCAUGAUGUACUACAAGCCCGGUGGCUUUCUCCAGUUUUUGACCAAGCAAUCGUCGCUCUUUACAGUCAACUACAACCUCCUCUUCACCAAGAUCGCAGCUUCACUUCACUGCGCUCAAUUCAAGUACAACGCGACCAUUACCGGCACGAACCGCCGGUCCAACGGUGCCAGCAUCACGUACACGGUCAACGGCAAGGGUCCGCAGACGCAAGCGUGCACUUCAAUCAUCAACACGAUCCCGCACCGCCUGGACCUCCUUCAGCCGCUGGGUCUGGAUGCCCAGGAAGUCGACGUCUUCAAGCACGUGAACUCGGUGCAGUACUUUUCGUCGGUGUGGACGCUCGACCAAGUCGAACCGCGCAACUGGUACGCGGCGCAGCUCAAGCCCACGGGGAAUGCGAGCGCUCCGUUCACGGUCGGCGGCUCCCUUGACAACGGCGCGCCCGUCAUCUUUGGCACGCAGCUGUCAGACGACAAGUACUUCAAUGUCUACUCGUACAAACGAGGUCAAGACCCGAUCUCGCUCGAGACUGUGACUGCGAUGGCCCAAGACGCGCUCUCCAAGCUCAACAAGAACAUCUCAGUGCCCAACGCCGUGGCGAAGCCUGUCCAGGUGGCGGACCUCAAGUUUGCGAAAGCGUGGACGUACUUUGCCCACGUCAACUCGUCGGCCAUCGCCAACGGCUGGUUUCCUUCGCUCGAGAAGCUCCAGGGCCACCGAUCGACGUACCACACGGGCUCGAUGCGCUGCAUGGAAACGGUCGAGUGCUCGAUUGCAUCGGCCAACGACCUCGUCGACACGUUCUUUACCAAGGCGCAUUAACGCAUUAAUUAGCAUGGCGUUGAUUGUGGUCCUUCGUAUUGCAAUUGCGUGGGGCGCAUGCCUUUGCGUCGAAAUAAGAACAAUAAGAAAAAAUGAGAAUGA